AUGUCGAGCGAUCUGGACGCCCGCUUCAAGAAGGCCGUGUGGCUGAUCCGGAAUGGGCCUCCCAGGCCCGGCACCACCAACGACACCAAGUUGGCGUACUACGCCCACUUCAAGCAGGCCACGGAGGGGGAUGUGAGGGGCGACCAACCCUGGGCCGUCCAGUUCGAGGCCAGGGCCAAGUACGACGCCUGGGCCAAACUGAAGGGCAUGAGCGGCGACGAGGCCAAAGCCAAGUACAUUGCGCUGCUGGAGGAAGGGGAUGCUGCAUGGGAGAACCAUCUCGCACUCAAGGACUACCCAGAUCCGUGA